GGUCGAAUUGAAAUUAUGUUCGACGAACCCUGUGUGCACGUUUCCAGCAUACUGCAGUGAUUGGUUAUUGCUUUCGAUAUGGAUAAGCCACAGAUUAUAGGUCAUAUUCAAAAAUCGGUCAGCUUCACUCUGUUCGAUUGCGCGUGGAUACCGGUGACCACAAAGUUUAUCGUUGUGGGCUCUUAUCCUCGAAACACAGGAGCUAUACAAGUAUACGACGUCACUGCAGAAGAUGUAAAGCUUUUAACUGAAACAGAAAAAUCCAGUUCCUUCAAAUGCUGUACCUUCGGGGCAUCUCUGCUGCCACAGCGCCAUUUGGCGACCGGUGCGUUCAAUGGUCGCAUGGCAAUCUGGGAUAUGGGAUCAUCCUGUCGUUUGGAUGCCCCAGUGUAUGGUGUACAGGCCCAUUCAGAAAUUGUUAAUUGCAUAGAUGCUGUGGGAGGCGUCGGUGUCGGUGAGGGAGCACCUGAGAUUGCCACUGGCAGUCGUGAUGGUGCAGUGAAAGUGUGGGAUCCCAGGCAACCGAAAGUUCCUGUGGCCACAAUGGAACCGGGUCCAUCAGACACCUCUGAAACAUCAAAUUUCUCAUGCAACCGCCGAGACUGUUGGACCGUUGCAUUCGGGCAUGCCUACAAUCCUCAAGAUCGUUGUUUAGCUGCUGGAUAUGACAACGGCGACGUCAAACUGUUCGAUCUUCGUGCCAUGAAAGUACGUUGGGAGACGAACAUUAAAAACGGUGUUUGCUCGCUUCAGUUUGAUCGGAAGGAUAUACAGAUGAACAAACUAGUUGCGACGACGUUAGAGGGGAAAAUACACGUGUGGGAUAUGCGGACCCAGCAUCCGACAAAGGGCUUCGCGUCUUUGACAGAGAAAACUCAAGGUUCUACUAUCUGGCAAGUCCGGCAUCUGCCCCAACAAAGGGACGUCUUCAUGACUCUGGGUGGUAACGGAAAUGUGUGUCUAUGGCAAUAUCACUACCCAGCCAAACGUAAACGGACUGUGCGCGAGGCCGCGCCCGAUGGAAGUGGCGACAUUGAGGUUGCCCAAGGUGUUGCCGGCACUUUGAGUCAGCUGCAGAAUGUAACACUGUCAAGCCAACCUGUUUGUAGCCUUGACUGGUGCCCAGACAAGCUUGGCUUAGCUGUGUGUGUCUCUUUCGAUCAGACAUUACGACUGUUGAUUGUCACAAAAUUGAACAAGCUAUGACAUAAAACCAAUGAUGUUUGUUGUUA